AGUUGGCAGAAACUUUGCAAGUUCUAAGCUUGCUCAGAAAAGCAGGUUGCAAAAUCCAUCUGGGCAGGACCCCCCUUUGCCCUCGACCAGCUGCUCGUAUGCAGCUGCCCCCCACCCCGGGUGAGCUUUUGCAGCCUGAGCAGCGGCCCGAGGCUUAAGCCAGCCUGCCCGACUCCUCGUGUGAACCCAGCCCCCGCCUAUCACCCCGGCUCUGUGCGCUCCAAAAGUGGACUUUGCCCCAGGAGGGACUCCAGCGCUGGAACGCGGUGAGGGCGGCGGCAAGAAAAGAUGCUGUCGGGACAACGCGUAGAGGAGCUUCGGACUCCAGCAUUCACUGUGGACCUCGACGUGGUGAAGAGGAACGUGCAGCAGAUGACGGAGCGCUUCCGGGCACUCGGUGUGAGCUUGAGGCCUCACAUGAAAACCCACAAGACCCUGGAGGGGGGAGACCUCAUGACAGGGGGCUCGAGGCGAAGGAUUGUCGUCUCCACUCUGGCGGAGGCCCGCUUCUUUGCCGAUGGCGGCUUUGAUGACAUCCUCUAUGCCUACCCGCUGCCCUUUGACAAGGUGGCAGAGUGCGCUGCCCUGGCGGAGAAACUGGAAAGUUUCCAUGUUCUGGUGGACAGCCCCGAAGCCCUGGCCUUGCUGAAGAGAAGACCCUUGCAUCAGGGCAAGCGCUGGAAAGUGUGGUUGAAGAUUGACUGCGAGAACAACCGAGCUGGCUUAAGGCAUACCGACCCAGCCGCCCUCGAGCUGGCCAAGGCAAUUGCAACGGGAUCUACGGAGUUGGCAGGCGUGUAUGCCCAUUGCGGAAACUCUUACCAUUGCCAAGGGGUACCUGAAAUCCAAUCUGUGGCUCAAACAACCACAAAGCUGGUCCUGCAGUUCACGGAGAAGCUGCAGAAAGAAGGGGUGCCCUGCCCCGUAGCCAGCAUCGGCUCCACUCCAACCUGCAGCCACCCCGUGCCGGAGAUGGCCCAGCUUCAUGAAGUCCAUCCCGGGAAUUACAUCUUCUACGACGUCCAGCAGACGAUGAUCGGUUCUUGCCAGCUGAAGGAUGUUGCCGUCCGGGUCCUGACGAGAGUGAUCGGUCAUUACCCACAUCGGAACCAGCUGCUUGUGGACUGUGGCUGGACUGGACUGAGCCUCCACAGCCUGGGCCAGCUGCCCACGGGCUACGCCCUUGUCGAUGGCCAUCCAGAUCUCAAGUUGGUGGGGAUGACUCAGGAGCACGGCAGGAUCGAGUCCAUCACAGGGCAACUGGAUUUUGCACAGUUCCCCCUAGGAAGCCUCCUGGCUUUGAUUCCUUAUCAUGCCUGUGCCACAGCUGCCAUGCACCCUGUUUACUAUGUCUGCAUCAAGGGCCAGGUGGUGGCUACGUGGAAGCCCAUCAAGGGGUGGUAGGAAGACUCCGAUGAGAAUGGUUUUGGGAGAACACCUUGGCCAGGAGGGGAAAUCUUUGGAAGAAGGGCGGACCUGGUCUCCAGGCAGAGGCUCUUUGAGGAAUUCAGCCAGACAGGACGGGACCAACGAAAACUGCACUCCCAUCGUACCUUAGUCUGAUUCUUGAUAACCAACCUUGGUGGUCUAGGAACUAAUCCAACACCCUUCUGCACUGUCUAGCACACCACCUUCAAGCAAUAAAUAGCGAAUGUCUUUGAAUACAGAGAUGAUAACAUGAUGAUUACAAACAAGUAUUAGUAAAUGCCUGGGAAAAUUCAGCAAGCCGUGACAGGAGUGCUCAGACGGGCUCACCAAAGCAAUGCCCCCCUCCCACCCAACAGUCUAACUGCAACGUUGCUGACGGCAUUUUGCUGACAGUCGAUCCCAUCGCUGCAGUUCAGUUGCAUUCAUAGCGCAGAUGUGGGUGUCUGGGCAGAAAGAUGGUCCACCUAUGGGGAUUUAUACACGUGCCUGAUUGGAAGGCAGAUGCUGAAGCCCAGCAGGUCUGGCACUGGCCGUGUGUCUGGGGAGGCCCCCUCCCACCAUGGAUGCCACCUGCAGUCCCAUCCAAAGCACCCCUGCAAAAUCUGCUUCCAUGUCUCACCAAAGAACUUUAAACGAGAUCAGGGCUUUUUUUCUGGGAAAAGAGGUGGUGGAACUCAGGACUGCACAAUGAUGUCACUUUGGGUCAGCUGGAACAAGGGGGGGGGAGUUUUUUAAAGUUUAAAUCGCCCUUGGCGAAAAUGAUCACAUGGCCGGUGGCCCAGCCCCCUGAUC